AUGGGCGUUUUUCAGGUUUCCCUAAAGAUUAAGGGUUCUAUAGACAAAUCCCAAAUCAAUGAAAAACCAGAAUAUAGUUGGACGAAACUAAAUGCGGAUAGAUCUAUUACGGGUGGUAGAAAUAAUCUUAAGGCUAGUUUUGGUGGGAUUUUUCGUGACUAUAAGGGUGAUCCGAUAUGUGCUUAUGUGUCUAAAGUUCUUCAUCCUCAAGAUGUUCAUAAUAUUUUUGUCGUUGAUUUAUGGGGAAUAUGGGGAGGUCUUAAACUUGCCUUAGAACUCGGCAAUAAAUCCAUAUGGAUUGAAUUUGACUCUCUUAGUGCAGUUAAAACAAUCAAUGGAGAACAACAAUCUCAUAAUCCAAGGGUGAAGUGCGGCUUGGUUUGGAUUUGGGAGCUCCUAAACAAAUUCGACAACUGCAUAAUUUCUCAUACGUGGCGUGAAACUAAUAGAGCUGCAGAUUAUCUUACGAAGAUUGAUCUUUAA